AUGACUUUCAAUCCCAAUACAACUUUGGUUGGGGAGGGAUCAAGGGAUGUAAACAAAACUCAGCUACAAGUUGUUGCAUGUCAUUUCUUGGACGCGAGAAGUUCAUUCAACAAUUCUCAUGUGGGUGAUUGCUCAACAAGAUUGAGCUUGACAUUUCCUGGAAUAUGGACAAUUAGAGAUACCAGAAAUGCUGCAGGGCACAUUUGGAGCAACAAAGCUGUGGCAGAGUCAGGUUACUUUGAAAAGAUUGCAUUUGGUAGUCUUAUGAAUUAUGAUGGAGACGUGCAAUGUGCAGGUCAGAACUAUGAGUAUACCCAAAUUGAAAAGGUAACCAAGUUGUGCCCUAGAGAGAAGAACGCUGCUGCCACUGAUUACAAGACCAAGGUAUACACAAAUCCCUUUUUAUAUGACAUGAGGUUCCAUAUGUUUUCUAAAAGAUCUAAAAGCGUAGUGGAUCGGGGCCGUUCUUAUCCUCUUUCUGUUGGAAAUCGGUUGUACAGAUAUGGAACAUUUAUUGAAGAUGCGUACUCACUUGCAUAUACCCACAGCGGCCCUUACAAUAUUAGCUUCUUUAUAUUCAUCAAUGUGAGUAAUAUGUCAAUUGCAAAUGUGAUAUCUGCUGAAGGGGUCUAUGAUGAUACAGAUGGAAGCAUGUGCAUGGUAGGCUGCCGAAAUCUAGGCCAGAUAGAUCAACAGCCAACUGAUGAUUCUGUAGAUUGUGAGAUUCUACUCAAACUUCAGUUGCCUCCAGCAACUCCAGGGAGGAAGAUCUCAGGUUAUGUCAAGGGGAGCAUUGAAAGCAUACGGAAAAAGUCUGAUCCUCUUCAUUUUGAACGUUUAGACUUGUCUUCAGAUGACAUGUUUAUGGCUGAAGCAGAUCGAUCCAUUUGUAGGUUGGAGGUGGAGACCACCUUGGUUCUUAUAUCCACCACACUUGCAUAUGUUUUUGGGGCAUUACAACUCUUCCAUAUGAACAAACGUCCAGAUGUGCUUCCCUCCAUUUCAAUCUUGAUGCUGCUAGUUCUAACCCUUGGGUUUUUGAAACCUCUUAUAUAUUACUUUGAAGCCAUCCUCACCUAUAGCACCGAUUACCAGGAUGUGUUCAUUGGAAGUGAUGGAUGGCUUCAAGUUGAUCAGGCAAAUCUGAGGGCAAUAGCAGUUAUGAUAAUGCUAGCUUUCUUGUUGCACUUCAACCUUUUGCAGCAAACAUGGUCAGCAAGAUCUGCGAAAGGGACCUUGAAGGACCUUUGGAAUGAGAGAAGAAAGCUUUGUCAGUAUAUGCAGUUGGGUUUUUAG